AAAGAACAUCGAGCUUUUAUCUCACUAGGUAUGUGGUCAGUUACUUCCUGCCGCAAAACUUUACUACAACUUUGAAUGAGUUUGCAAUAUAACCAUUGCAUUUGCACAUUGUUUAUUGUAUUGUUUAUCCUAACCUCCGUCCUGAAAAUUUCCUGGUCCAACAAUAGUUUGGUUUCCACUUGCUCAUUAUCCCCUUUUGAAUCUGAGUUCUUUGACGGGCUAGUAUGACAUAUGCAUUACACCUAGAUGCAGAUAUAAAAACCCAAACCCCUGGGUCCUGAUCCCGCGUCCCUCUCAGACUUGCUAUAUUGUUUUCUGUGCAACCUGAAGCCAAGAAACUUGAUUGAUUGAUAGCCAGUUUGCAGCUGCUUGGAUUUGCUACCGGUAGAGAUCAAUUCUAGGUGAUGGCCAUGGAGGAGCCUCCACAGCUGUUCCUGUGUCCCAUCUCCAUGGAGCUCAUGGAGGACCCCGUCACGGUGUCCACUGGCGUCACGUACGACCGCCGCAGCAUCGAGCGGUGGUUCUUCAGGUACGGCAAGACGACGUGCCCGGCCACCAUGCAGCGGCUGACUUCCUUCGACCUCACGCCCAACCACACUCUCAAGCGCGUCAUCUCCUCCUGGCUGAACUGCGCCUCGUCGUCGGCGUCGAGCACUCCGUCGUGUAACAAGCUAGAGCGGGAAAAGCUGCCGUCGGUGCUCGCCGGCAUUGAGGACACGCCGUUCAAGGUGACCGCGCUCAAGAACCUCAAGUCCUGCAUGGCGGGAGACGAGGCGGCGCAGGAGGACUUCGUCGCCGGCGGCGGCAUUCAGGUGCUCGGCCGCGUCAUGACGCAGGCGCUGGCCGAGAGCGGGGCCGGUGGGGACUUCUCGGCGUUCCGGACGUGCGAGGAGGCAGGCGCCGUGCUCGCCACGCUCCCGCUCUCCGACGACGCGUCUGUGGAGCUCCUGCUCAAGCCGGAGUGCAUGGGGCCCGUGGUCGCGCUGGUGCAGCGCGGCAGCGCUGAGGCGAGGCUGCACGCGAUGUUCAUCCUCACCAAGAUCUCCAGCGCCAGCGCCGAUCAUGACUGGACCGCCGGCGUCGACGUCGAAUAUUUGGUCAAGUCCCUCCUUGAGCUCCUGUCCGACGGAGCCCCCGCGAAGCUGAGUUCGCGCGCCCUCGACGUGCUCCUCGACGUCACGGCGCGCUCCCGCGGCGCGCGGCGCGCCAAGGCCGUGGAGCUGGGCGCGGUUUGCGUGCUCGUGGAGCUCCUCCCCGACGCCGAUCGCCACGUCGCCGAGCGUGUGCUCCUCCUCCUAAAGUGCCUGUGCAAGUGCCCCGAGGGCCGGCUCGCCUUUGCUGACCACGGCCUGGCUGUAUCCGCCGUGGCGCGGACGAUGCUGCGCGUGUCGGGCCUCGCCACCAGACUGGCCGUCAGCGGGCUGUGUCUUGUGGCGUGCACUGUGGCCCCCGCGGAGAGGGUGCUGGACGACAUGAUGAUGAGCGGCGGCGUGGCGAAGCUGCUUGCGCUGCUGCAGGUGGAGAGCUCGCCGUCGACCAAGGAGAAGGCGGCGAGGAUGCUGAGGGUGCACGGCGCGUUCUGGAGGCAGUACCCGUGCUUCCCCACCGACCUCAGGGACUACCUGAAAUUUCUCAAUUGAUCUUCCGAAUCAAAUAUUCAUCCUGCACUGCAAAAAGUGUAGAGAUUCCGAAUGCUUUGAACAUUACUACAUGCAUUUUGUGUACAGUUUAAACACUAAAUUGUUUGGGUUUUGAUCCAUCCAUGAUCUGUAGUUCUGGAUACAGUUCAACAUUUGUAUGUAUGACAUUGACAUCAUUUCCUGAGGCUCAAAAGGAACUGGUGAGGGACGACAAGAGUCUAUAUUUGUAAUUUUUUAAAACAAACGUAUGUAUUUACAUUUUUUGAUUUUUUUUAAAAAAUAAAAAAUAAAAAAUCGCUCAAAAUUUCUCUUUCCCUUUUAGAGGAACCAUUCGCCAAUUUAUUGCUGGGUAGACGGCCCAGCUCAAAGCUUCAACAAAGGAGUAGAGGCGUACAGCGAUCCAUAGUGGGCAGAAACUGGACCCAGACAGAUCCUUUCCAGGCCAUAAAUUGCUCACACUUUUCCAGGCCGGUCCAUCCUAUUCUGGCGUGUCGCGGUGAAACGCGGAGAUCUUCGUCACCAAGCCGCACCAACCCGACCAGCUCGCGCUCUCGUCUCCCUUACCGAAUCCCGCCUCC